AUGCAAGGAGAACAUGAUUCUUCCAAUAUCGAACCACCUCCGGGAUACAGGUUCUGCCCCACCGAUGUUGAACUUGCUUGUUUCUACCUCUACAGGAAAGUUAAUGGACUUCCAUCGCCUAAUACGGUCAAAGAUUGCAAUCUUUAUGGUGAUCACGAACCUUGGGAGAUUUGGGAGGCUUUUGAAGGAUCCGAGUUGUCGAACAAGGAGGAUCUUUUCUUUUUUACUCAACUGAAAAACAGGAGUACUGCUAAGGAUUCCAGGAGCAAACGCCGAGUUGGACGUACGAAGAGAUUAAGUUAUCAGAAUCCCAACUCAAAGAAGAAUGAUGGUUGCAGCUGGAUUAUGCAUGAAUACAGUCUUGAUGAAUCUUUGCUGCCGAACCCUAGCAACUAUGUCCUCUGCCUACUUAGAAAGAAAGUGACCGAGAGAACUGAUGGGACAAACGUUAGUCACAAUCACAGUGCCAUUGAGAAAAGUCAGAGAUGUGACCGGCCUUUUGCCCUCGAGGAACACCAUCAAGGCAAGCGUUUGAAGUUGGAUCUAGCACAGCCUCAUCAGCUGAUACGCAAUUAUAACCAGCAAACUGAAGCCAUCCCAGCAACUGGUGGUAUGUCAGCGUUCGCACAGACGAAAAGUCAAGAUAACGCCAAAGAUUUGAUAGCCUUCUGCUCGACUAGUUCUGAUGAUGCCUCGGCUCAAGAUAAAUGGAUCACGGAACUGUAA